CUGCUGCACCCCUGCUGAUCAUUCUUCGUGAAGCUCGGAGCGAAGCCACAAGGGCUUUGGUAUCUACGUCACUGAGGAAGUGCCGGAUUCUUUCCCAUCUCCGGGUGCAGAGCUUCUGCGCGAGUCAGACCACGCACGUGAAGGCAGCCAUGACGUCGACCCAAGAAGAUUCACAAGAGGCGUCAGGGGACUUCACUUUUCAAAAGGUCAGACGAGGUCGCAAAGGCAAGAGGGGACAAGAUGCAGCAAGAUCGACGGCUCCAUCAUUUGCACCUCAUCCGCAUCCCGAGGACUCGGUGCAAACCAUGACUCCGGAGCAAGCUGCUGCGCUUUUGAGCCGACGAAGAGAGAUUGUCCUCGGCAAGCGCAGAUUGCUGGAUGGUCACGACGCAGACGAAAGGACAAUGGUCGCUGUAGCAGAAUGCGUGCGCAAAGCCUUGAGAGACCAAACUGUGGCAGAAGAUGAGCGGGGGGCUACCAGUUCACAGAGCGCAGCGCGGUCUACAGAUUCAUUACGCCCGGCUCAUAUCCUUCAUCUAGGACUGGGCAGCGUCAUAAAUAAUCGGAUUGCUCAGUUCCAGCUUGGAUUCCUGCUGCUUCUCAGGGAUCAGCUCGGUGGAGAAGCCUGCAGCGUUCAAGGUUUUGACCCGAUUUGGACGAAGGAGGACACAGACUUGCUAGAGUCCUUUGAUCUUACAUGUCUCUCCAAGAACGAGCAGGGCUCCUACGUUCUGGAGCAGCCAACGCUCGUGUACAUGCCCCACUGCGGUCGAUCGCUCUACGAAUCGAUUCUCCGGGCAAAUUGGAGCAUCAAAGGUCUUCAUAAUCUGCUGCUCUGUUCGAACGGGUUCGACAAGUAUGCACAAUUGUCCAACGACCUAAAGAGAGAAGCGCCUUGCAUGCACAGGAUACUACCCCACCUUCACGUCAUACCUCUUCCAUCCGUACCCGCUCCUAAUCAUGAUUCGCUCAACGACCUCGUUUUUCAGCGUUUUGCUCCGACACUUCAAGCGGCAGAAAGGCAGUCGCGAGAGGGCAGCGCGAACGCGUCGUCCGUCGACGGCCUUGUCGCGCAUAUGAGACACACACUAUCCCUCGACCCUCCUGUCACGCCAUGGAGACCAGGCUUCUGGGAGCUGCCGCCUCUAGACCCACGGCAACUCGUUAAAGAUCCUGAAUUACAGUGACCCUGUCCUGCUAUGCUUUGACAGACCGACACGGGUUUGAGGCCAUAGUUCCGACGAGCAAGUGAACAUACUCAAAAGGAGCAUAGUACAAGACGCACUCCAAAUCAGUGUCGAUGAGCC